AUGAGUGGUAUCAAGGACCUGGUAUUAACCUACGAUAUUGCAUGUCAGUAUCGUCGGAACUUCAGACUCGCUUCAACAACCUUGCCGCCUUCUUACGCCUCCCACCACAUCUUCGAAUCAUCUUCCUGGUGCCCCAAAUUUCACCUUCCAGCUCACAAGGAAGAAUGCCGUUAUCGAUAUUCACUCAACUACUGCAAGAAGGUCGGGCGUACAGAUGGGGAAGCCAUCGAAAGACUGUGGAGUGCCCUUAAUCACUUAUCAGGAAGCACAUCUCGCAUGACGCCUGGAGGAAGAAUGGAUAACCUCAAUUUCCACUUGAACUAUUGGAACUGGCGGAAGACAUGUAAAAUGGGUACUACACUCUCAAAGAGGUUACAAAAUACCCGGGAAAUGCUAAUUCAGCACCAAACAUUGCUUGCCGAUCUGCGGGCGAGUAUUGGAGAGGCAAAGGCUGCAGAAUGGUCUGAGCUUGAAGAUCAUUACAAUAUAGACCAGGAAGGUCGAUCUAUAUAUCAGACACUAGCAGACCAAGCUCCCACCCGUGCUGAAAUAAUUCAGAAACUUACACGUUUUGAUGCUCUGCUACCACCCCUGGCCCUCGAGAAUGCAGAUGGUUAUCCAGCACUGGCUUUUUGGGUGAAUGACGGCCUCGAUUUGGAGGAAUAUCAGAAGAGGCUAGAGAUACAUUCACAAUCGAUCACAACAGAGCGGCAGCGCAUUGAGCUCAACCAGAAACGUGUCGCAUUAGCCGACAGGAUCAACGACUGGAAAGCGCGUACUCCGCUAGAUAUACAUGACGAGGAAGAUGAGGAGGAUGAUCCCGCGCUCCUGAGCAAUGGACUUCCCAUCCCUUCAACGCUCCUCGGAACGAACAACUUGCAAUUCCUCGACAGGUUGAGAAGGAGCUACGAGAAGCGCAAGCGUUUGACUAUUUACGCGCUCUCCGCACUGGACUUGCAGAGGAGAUCGCACUUUUACGUGACAGGGAUCGCCAUCAGCACGGAUAUGACGCGAACUUACGCUCCAGAUCACUGA